ACGCUCUUCUGUGUGUCCCCAAUUCAAAAUUUAAAAAGCAUACCUUGAGAUCUCCCCCUCCCCACUAUCUCUAUAUUCCAACAAAAAAAAACCCUCUUUCUCUGAAUCCAUCCAGAUCUCCCCUCCAGCUCCACCGCUCGACUCAUCGAACGCGUCCACUCCGCCCAUUAUCGCAAGAAGAGAAUCAACAACAGAUCUCGAGACAUCAUUGGAGACGGCGGAUCUGAGCUCAUCAAGGCUGGCAACAUCUCCAUGGAUGGCGGAGUGAACAAGGCGAGUGAUCUUAGGCGAGACCUCCGGCAUUGGAGUAUUAGAUCGGGAUCUCCUCGGCGAGAUCAAUGGAGAAGCGAAAGGAUCCGAGAUUAGAGAGGAGAGAGAGGGUCUCUCUGUUGGGCUAGGGCUUGCAUCGGCGCUACUGCUCCCCUUCGCCGUCAAUUUACAUUUUUUACCUCUAAUAAUGCAAAGCCAUCGAGAAUUACUUCUUCCAGCGUUUAAAUCGAAGCGAGCAAAAGAGGGUUUUUGCGAUGAUUGAACUCAAAACCCUAAGCUUGAGUUCUUGCUAUUUGCUUUAUCGUUGGAAUCUACGAACCCUAGAUUCCAUCAAUCCUCACUCGCUAGAAUCUUAGACUGUAAAAUCAUUAGUUUGGCUCGAUUCUCCCUCUUCAAUCUCAAGGUUUGCUCACUUUUUUUGGGUGUUUCUUGAUUGCAGAUAUGGAUUCGGUAACGUAAAUGAAUUGGACUAUAUGUAUGAAGCAUAGGAAGGAGGAGACGUGUGGAAUUGGGAGAUGAACAAGAAAUAUGAGAAUUCUUUUGCUACUUACUGCAACGAAAUCAGUGAUAAUUGGGAUAGGAUUGCAGAGGAGCUUGGAGUAGAUGUUGAGGAUGUUAAGAAGAACUAUCGGCUUUUUGAGGAAGAUAUUGAUGCGAUUGAAGAUGAUCGAGUACCUUUGCCGAGCUAUUUAGAUGACGAGGUGGCUGAUGCUGGUGCCCAUGGUAAGAAGGGUGGAGAGGGGAAGGGAAGGGCUGAGCAAGAGCAGCGCAAAAGAAUUGUUUGGAUUGAGGAAGAGCAUAGCUUCAUCAACUCAAUUUCGUUAGCAUCGUCAUUGGGACAUUGAAUAUUUGUGGGUGGACAUCAAUCACGCUAACAUAAAAG